CGUGAUUGUUUCUUGCUCUGUAGCUGCCAAACCAUAAUGUCUGGACGAGGAAAGCAGGGAGGCAAGGCGCGCGCCAAGGCCAAGACUCGCUCUUCUCGCGCCGGGCUGCAGUUCCCAGUGGGCCGUGUGCAUCGGCUCCUACGCAAAGGAAACUACUCCGAGCGGGUCGGGGCUGGCGCGCCGGUCUACCUGGCGGCGGUGCUGGAGUACUUGACGGCCGAGAUCCUGGAGCUGGCGGGCAACGCAGCCCGCGACAACAAGAAGACGCGCAUCAUCCCGCGCCACCUGCAGCUGGCCAUCCGCAACGACGAGGAGCUCAACAAGCUGCUGGGCCGCGUGACCAUCGCGCAGGGCGGUGUCCUGCCCAACAUCCAGGCCGUACUGCUGCCCAAGAAGACCGAGAGCCACCACAAGGCCAAGGGAAAGUGAGAAGACUGGAAGGCCUACAGUGACCCUUAUUCUCUGAAAUCAAAGGCUCUUUUCAGAGCCACCCACUGUUUCCCUAAAGUGCUGGAAUACGUUGUCUAGAUGUUUAAACAUGCGAGUUUCAAAAUUUUCUGAACAUUAGCAGACAAGUUUUAAGCAUUUGAAAGGAAAGAGGUUCAUUUUUGAAUCUACUGCUUCUUUGAAAACGUUGCUUUUACUUUGUGCACCAUAAAAAGCAAAUUGUGCUCCCUAUUCCUAUAGAGAAGGGUCUUUAUGAAUGCACAGGAGGAUUUGAGGCUUCAGGGCAAUUGCAGUUCUUUAUCAGUGCAAAAAGACAAUGUUAUGAAUGGUGGUGUGAAUUAGGUCCACGGUGCAUCAGGUUGUUGACAAAUUGUUUUGCCCAGGAUGGGGAUGUGUAUACAUUCAGAGUCAAAGCCUUAUUGUUAGAGAAGAAAUUAAAAAACCCAAAAUACGCACACAAGAAGAGGGAGAACAAAGAGAAAAGGU